CAUUAAUUCCUCAGCCAUGUCCACUGCAUCUGCACGUACCAGUCCUCUGCUUACCCUUUUCAUCCUGGCCGCAGUCCUAGCUCCGCCGCCGGCGGAGGGCGUAGGCCGGGCUUUCUUUGUCUUCGGCGACUCACUCGUCGACAACGGCAACAACAACUACCUGGCCACCACCGCUCGCGCCGACUCGCCGCCCUACGGCAUCGACCACCCCUCCCACCUUCCCACCGGCCGCUUCUCCAACGGCCUAAACAUCCCCGACCUCAUCAGUGAGAAGCUUGGCUCGGAGCCGACGUUGCCGUACCUAAGCCCAGAGCUCACCGGAAAGAAACUACUGGUCGGCGCAAACUUCGCCUCCGCCGGUAUCGGCAUCCUCAACGAUACCGGGUUUCAGUUUGCGAACAUAAUAAGAAUCGACCGGCAGAUGGAGAACUUCCGGCAGUACCAGGACCGACUGAGGGCGAUGAUCGGAGCGAGCGAGGCGCAGCGGCUGGUGGGCGGCGCGCUGGUGCUGAUAGUGCUGGGCGGCAACGACUUCAUCAACAACUACUUCGUCGUCCCCUACCGGAGGCUACAAUUCACUCUCCCAACCUACUCCCGCCAUCUCGUCUCCGAGUACCGGAAGAUCUUAAUGAGGUUGCACGAGUUGGGCGCAAGGACGGUGAUGGUGACCGGAACUGGACCGUUGGGUUGUAUCCCCGAUAUGUUGGCCACCAGAAGCAGAGACGGAAAAUGCGCCGAGGAGCCCCAAGAAGCUUCCAAGAUCUUCAACCCUGUGCUCUUCUCCAUGAUCGAGGGACUCAACCGCGAGCUUGGCUCCGACGUGUUCAUCGCCGUUAAUCUCUUCGAGAUGCACAAGGACUUCGUCGCCAACCCCCAAGACUUCGGUUUCGAGACGUCGAAGACGGCGUGCUGCGGGCAGGGGCCGUACAACGGGAUUGGAAUAUGCAGCGUGGUGUCAAACCUGUGCAAGAACAGGAGCGCUUACUCCUUCUGGGAUGCCUUCCACCCGAGCGAAAGGGCUAGCCGUUUGAUCGUUGAUCAGAUGAUGAGUGGCUCUAACAAGUUCAUGAAUCCCCUCAACCUCAGCUCCAUCAUGGCCAUGCACUUCUCUUCUUCAUCCACUGCCUGAUCCUCAUGAUCACCAUCGUCGUCGUCGUGUUGUGUCACUUAGCAAUUGCAUCAACACACACACAUACACAUACAUACAUACAUAUAUAUAUAUAUAUAAUCAGUUUAGUCUCAACUCUUGGA